UGGUUAUAUUUUGAAGUGGCGCUUCCGGUGCAUCCUCGUAGCUCGCGCUAAGACAGAAAGAUGAACGCACCUCCCGCGUUUGAGUCGUUCCUGCUGUUUGAAGGCGAGAAAAAGAUCAGCAUCAGCAAAGAUACCAAAGUCCCGAAUGCGUGUUUGUUCACGCUGAAUAAGGAAGACCACACACUGGGGAACAUCAUCCGCGCUCAGCUGCUGAAGGAUCCUCAGGUUCUGUUCGCUGGGUACAAAGUUCCCCAUCCUCUGGAGCACAAGAUCGUGAUCCGGGUGCAGACCACACCUGACUACAGUCCACAGGAAGCGUUUACGAAUGCCAUCACUGAUCUGAUCAGCGAGCUGUCGCUGCUGGAAGAACGCUUCAGAGUCGCCAUCAAAGAUAAACAGGAAGGCAUAGAGUGACCCCGCCCCCCUCUGAUGUCACUUCCUGCAGGGAGCCUGCAAUGUAUUGGCAGCUAACAAUUGAUGUGUGAGCAAUCAGAGCAGGUCAAUGAGCUGGAGCUGUGAUGUGUUUGUGUUGUUGUUGUUUACAUGUAAACAGCAUGUGUGAAUACCUGUGUUUACCAUAACUGACCAAUAAACUCAUGUUCUGCUUGUUAAA